AUGGUAUAUAGUGUACAAGAAAAAAAAAAGACUAAAUGUGAACAAAAAACACCCCCACCGCCUCCAACCACCUCCCCCACCACCACAACCACCGCCGCCGCCUUUGCCACCUCUACUAUCACCACCACCUCCGCCACCUCCUCCCCUACCACCGCCUACUCCACCUCCACCUUCGCCAACGCCAUACAACAUCACACCUCCUCCACCUCUACCAAACCUUCGUCACCACCACUAGCUCUGCCUUUUUCAUCGCCACCACCAUCUCCACCUCCACCUUUGUCGACUGUCACCAUCAUAACCACAUCCACCACCUCUGUUAUCACCUCCACCACCACCUCUACCACCGCCUCUGACUUUGCCACCAACAUUAGUGGUGGUAGUGAAGGAUGCAGUGAUGGUAGUGGCGGUGGAGGUGACAACAAUGAUGACGGUGGUGGAGGUGGAGAUGAUGGUGACGGAGGCAGAUGCGAAGUUAUGGUAGAGUCGGUGAUAGAGGUGGUGGUGAUGGUGGUGGUCGACGGAGGUGGAGGUGGAGAUGGUGGUGGCAGAGGUUUUGUUUUUUGUUCACAUUUAGUCAUUUUCUUUUUGUACAUUAUAUAUGAACAUGUUCAACAAGUUGGAUGGUUUUUGACAAGAAAACAUGGUAUAUGUGUUUGA